CUCUAUUCAGUGGAAUGAACACCUUGACGUCCCGGGUGGGGCGGGGAAGGGCAAGUGUUCAAGUGUUCCCGGAAGGGUGCUCUUUAUCCUAUUCUUUAAUAAAAGGGUAGGAGUCCAUGCUUCAAAGCAGAAGCAGCGUUUGGUCAAAAGAGGGAGCAGCGAAUACCAGGGAAUGGGCAGCAGUUUGGUUGAUAGUUGGACCCUGGGAUACUGUGGUCAGGGAGAAGCAGCCGUGAUGAGGAGCCUUGAAUAUCAGACUAAGGAGCCAGGCUUUACCUGGAAGCAAGGAAGGACAAACUGGAAAGGGAGACCUCAGGCUUGCGGGACAGAAUGACUUAUUUAGUGAAUAGGUCUGAGGCCAGGGAUAUUUACCAGGUGAGAGACACAGGAACUCUCAGCUAGACCCUGUGAAUAGAAAGCAGAGGGGCAGGAGGUGAUAGGAUUCCGGGGGAAGACAGAUGAGAGCUAAAAAGAAGAAUCUGAGAUAAGAUCACAACCCAGCCAGAGGUAGGACUGUCAGAGGAAGUGAAGUCCCCCUGUGUUCAUCCUCCAUGUGUGUCCCCACUCCCUCCUGCGCUCAUGACUGUACCUUCCUUGGCAAGGGUCUCAGUCCUUUGAUAGUAUAAUCCGGAGGGGCUUCAAGGAAAAGGUGAAUUCUCAAAAGUUUUUUUUUUUUUUUUUUCUCGGAGCUGGGGACCGAACCCAGGGCCUUGCGCUUGCUAGGCAAGCACUCUACCACUGAGCUAAAUCCCCAACCCCUUCUCAAAAGUUUUUAGUGCCGACGGUCUUGGAUUGUUGACUCUAACACCAAUCUCUGCCGUCUGUGCCCUGAUUCAGAUUCUCAAUACAAACCUGCCCAUUGUAGUAGCCAGGAGAACUUGGGUAAAGUUUAGAACACAGACAGUGACCAGGUCUCUGUAUCCUCCUCUUGUUUCUGGGGACAGACUCUAUUCCUUUUUGGUCUAGAAAGUCUGUCAGUCUGUAUGCCCCCUACCUCAUUAAGUUCUGGGCAGACUCCCCACCUAGGGCUUGACUUCUUUUGACUGCUUUGUCUUGAACUCCUGGGAAUUCCCCAUCCCUCUCUGGGUAGUUUGGCUGGAGAAGUCAUUUCCCCUCUGUUAAAUGGGAGUUAGAGACCAACCCAGGCAGAUACAUUACCCUGGGGUAGACUUCUUUCAAGGGCUUUUCCUUCCAGGUUAUAGGGGAUACCCAGGCACCCAAAGGCAACUUGAGAGUGGAGACUGAUUUCAAAGGCCACCAAAAGUCCCUACUGGAAUCUUUUCUGCCCUUCCCUCCAAGAUUAACUGAAACCUGCUAAUUGUGGCUGCCCACACAUGUUCCCCUCCCCCACAGCCUCUUUCUCUCACCCCUCCCCCUUUCAUCAGAAUGAUAAAGAAAGAGCCUGGCCUCCCUGUCCCAGCAUGGCCUCGGGCUGGGACCUGGCCUCAACUUACAGUCCGACUACCCUGAGCCCCCAGUUGGUCCAGGCUCUGGCCCAGGGCUACAUCCCUUGUAUGGGGCCUCUCGACAACUCUCAGCUGAGGCCUCCAGAAGCAGAGUCUCUUUCGAAGACCCCCAAGAGGAGGAAGAAGAGAUACCUACGGCAUGACAAGCCCCCCUACACUUACUUGGCCAUGAUCGCCUUGAUUAUCCGUCAGGUCCAGGCAGUGUUCCCCUUCUUCAGGGACGACUAUGAGGGCUGGAAGGACUCCAUCCGCCACAACCUUUCCUCUAACCGGUGCUUCCGUAAGGUGCCUAAGGACCCUGCAAAGCCCCAGGCCAAGGGCAACUUCUGGGCGGUGGACGUGAGCCUGAUUCCUGCAGAGGCGCUGCGCCUUCAGAACACUGCCCUGUGCCGUCGAUGGCAGAACCGGGGCACACACAGAGCGUUCGCCAAGGACCUGAGCCCCUAUGUGCUCCACGGCCAGCCUUAUCGGCCACCCAGUCCCCCACCACCAUCUAGGGAGGAUUUCAGCAUCAAGUCCCUGCUAGGGGACCCUGGGAAAGCAUCCACAUGGCCCCAGCAUCCUAGGCUAGCUGGACAGAGCACUCCAGCUCAGGCAAGCACCUUGUCAAAGGGGGAAGAGGGGAUAGGCGCUGGACCCUCUAACGUCUCUGAUAAGCCUCUGUGGCCCCUCAGCUCCCUUCCCAGGCCCACAAGAAUAGAGGGGGAGACUUCCCAAGGGGAAGUCAUCAGGCCUUCUCCCGUUUCCUCAGACCAAGGCUCCUGGCCCCUCCACUUACUUCAGGAUUCCUCAGAUUCCAUGGGAAUGUCCAGGAGGGGGAGCAGAGCUUCCUUGUGGGGACAGCUACCCACCUCUUACUUGCCCAUCUACACGCCCAAUGUAGUAAUGCCCUUGGCCACGCUACCCCCUACCUCUUGUCCCCGGUGCCCAUCUUCAGCCAGCCCAGCCUACUGGAGCGUGGGUACUGAAUCCCAAGGGUCCCAGGAUCUGCUCUGUGAUCUGGACUCCCUCUUCCAGGGAGUACCACCCAACAAGAGCAUCUAUGAUGUGUGGGUCAGCCACCCUAGGGACCUGGCAGCUCCUGCCCCAGGCUGGCUCCUUUCCUGGUAUAGCAUGUAAUAUUUUAGGGCAGACAAGGGCUACUUCUCUCUUCCAUCCAUGAAUAUCAUUUUGAUGAACCAGAGCUAGGAGCACGUCCACUGCAACAGCUUCAAAACACCAGGCACAGCCUUGCUGAAAACCCACAGCUUUAAUUAGGUAACUCCAGAAAGGGUUUUGCCUCUGCUAGAUAGGAAGGCCUGGCCAACCGCGCCUUUGACACUCUCACACACAGGGACCAGAUCUGGAGAGCAGGGCUCAACCUAGAUAGUGCCUCCUCUUGAUCCCACCUUCUCAGGCCCUCAAGCCAUCCAUCUAUCCAUCCCGCUGUCACCAUGCCUUCCUGGCUCCAGGCUGGGGGAGGGAGAGCCAAAAGUGGGUCCAAUCUGAAGUCUUGCCCUCUGUCAACUGCCUGGGUGGAAGGUAGCACCUUUCAGGGAAAGGGUUAAGAAAGACUGGACCAUACAUGAUUUUGGUGUAAUGGAAGUCGGGGAGUGAUUAACAGUAAAGGAAUUUACAACGUUUUAAUUCC